CUCUGUUUCCUGGGGGUUUACAUUACAUGUGACACGCGCUCCUCGUAGUGUCGUUGCGUUUGUUGUGCGGCGGUUCCAGAAUCCAUACUGAUGGAAUUGACGUGGGAGGACACCCCAUUCAAUGGCACUGUGUGUUUCUCCAGAGACCUUUAUGACAAGUUCUCUCUGGGGAGCACCAUCAAAGAUCUCUGGGCUAUAGCACAUGGCCCUCCAGACGCAGCUGAAGUUAGGAAGGAGGAGACGGCGGCAUCCGUUAAACAAGAGAGUGCGCCCACGUGUGGACAGGAUGUUCAUCACUGGAACACCAGCAGCGAUGAGAGCGAGGCCUUUCCUGAACCCAGGAUACCUUUCCCCUGCUACUCUUGUCUCAAUUCAAGAGAACAACAGUUGUACCUGCGCAAGUUCAUGAACAAGAACAGCACAGAGGCUUUUAAGCAACAGGAAGAGCUUGUAAGGAAUGAAGUUGCUGGGUUCAUGAGGUAUCUGCAGGAUGUUGCGAGGGCAUGUUCAGAAGACUACCGUCACCUCUGUGAGGGAGCAACACAUUACAUGGAGGAGUGUCUCAGAGCCAGCAUGGAGAAAGUGAAGAGUUACCCACAGUUUUAUCUCAUCCAUGAGAUGACGAGCAUUACAGGUGGGAAAUUCAACCCAGAUCUGUCUCUGAAGUUUGAGAAACGGCUGCUUACGCUGGGAAAGGUACAAGUUUUAGACUGUAAGAAACUGCCAAAGGAUGUUCAGCUGCCAGUGGACUAUGGCUUGGUGGCUUCAGAGGUUCCCCCUGACAAGAAGGCCAAACAGAUGCACUCGGACAUAAGUGCUGAUGUGAAUGCACAGAAGCUCUGUGAGAAGUACAAGCCCCAUGUGUGUCUGACCAGCGGUGCAUUUUUCACACUGCUCAACAAUCAGGGGCCUGAGUACAGCGAGACCUGGGAAGUGCCUGUGUGGGUCAGAACCACAGUUAGGUCCGGAAACUCAUCAAGAAAAGAGGUGUACAUAGACUCCCCCCUGGUGAAGACUGACAUGACUGAACGGGAGAAGAACAGCCUUUUCCAUGAGGAGAGUUUGAAACUGUCCCUGAAGAAGACCAGCUCAAAGAAAGCAGCUGAGUUAACUCUUGAAAAACCACCUUCCUUACAAGAAAGAUGCCCAAGAAGUCUUGUCUGUUUCGAUGAUACGGGCGUUGAUUUUGAGGCAGACUUCACAGACCUGGAGACCUUUGGAGAAUCAUCAUGUAUCUCCAAGAAACAGGACACUGAUAAGCAACCAAAUCAGUCUUUGCACAGAUCGAAACCAGCCAGUUCCUCUACAUGCGGCAAGUUGUCUGUGUCGACUAAUGCAAGGUCUGUUAAAACUCAAUCAACACAGAAAGCGAAUGCAGAGGACUCCUCGUGGACAGACAUAGAGGACACUUCUAUGAUUGACAGUUUUCCAGCAGGCACUCCACUCUCGCAGAAAGACCUGAGCAUGUCAAGUCCAGCAGGGGAGAUCAAGCAACUCCAGGACUCGCCACUGGCAAAGCGGCAGAGGCGCACUGAGUCCACCUGUUGCGCGAGUGAUUCUGAAGAGGAUAGGCUGGUGAUUGACCACUACGAGGACUUUCCUGAAACCAACAGGCCUGUUUCGCAGGCAGCUCACAGCUCUACAAAAGCUCCUUCUUUCUCUGAUGCCAUCCCUGAUACUCCCAGGUCUCCUUCACCAGCAGCAGAGGGGCCAACCAGCAGGCGUUGUGCCACCAAGGUCCCCCAGAGCUGUGACCAGCUGGGCAAGAUUUUGCGCAUGCAGAGCAAGUUACUGAAGCCCACUGCUCAGCCCACUCCAGAACCCAUGUCCCCAUCUACCCACACUGCCCUCCCAGCCCAAGCACAACCACAGUCCCUGGUCAAGCCUUGUGUGGCCUCCUACCUGGGGGCCACUCAGAGCCCAGUUCGGGGGACUGUGUCUGCUGUGGGCUCUGCGGCAGCUGAUGCUGACACAGGAGUGCAGCGGAAGACUCUGCUGUCAGAGGAGUUGCUGGCAGCAGAGGAGGAUGAGGGGAACUACCAGCAGCCAGAUGAGGGCAACCUAGUGUACAAGCUGUACAGCCUACAGGACGUGCUUCUCAUGGUCCGCUGCAGUGUACCCUUCGCUCGAAGCAAGAAAAGCAAUAUGGACUCCAAAACAAUCGUUCCCUUUCAUCUCUUAUCCAAGCUGGAGUAUCAGCUUUGCUACGGUGUUGAGUGUUUCACUAAGACUGAGUUCUGUCAGUUAUGGGCUGAAAGGCUUCUACAUUCCGCCUCUACGACCUUUGUAGGUCACAUCAACGCAUACACGUCAAAGCUGUUCUUAAUGGAAGAGCUCUCCCCACAAAGGAUGAGGAGUAUGUCCUGUGACUUCUCACCAGCCAAGUCUCUUAAUACACUGCACCAUUUGCUGAAAAAAGUUGUUGGCCUACAGGAGGGCCGGUAUCUUUUGAACCACAAAGCUGGAGAGCCCAUUGUAACCAUUGCCAAAGCCACCGAUGGCAAGAAGAUCUCUCGGGCCACCUACGACCUGCACCAGGCCCACAGCGGGAUUCCCCAACCCCCAGCCAAUGGCGCUGUGCCCUGGGUGCCAGUGGACCCAUCUCGAGUGUUGUCCUUCCACCUGAAACAUGGCCGUGUGCCCUGCACGUUUCCCCCACUGCCCGUAGGCAACACACCUGGCAACAAGGCAGGUAAUGUUAAAGGAGCUUGUGCUGCUGUGGCCAAAGGUCCUUCAAUUGCGGGGAGAGCCCAGGCUGGGAUGGCCUUGUCAACUGGCAACCAAGAUGGUUCCAAGAAGAAGAAGAAGAAAAAGAACAAGGGAAAUCGUGCCAAACGCUUUCAGAAGUGGCAGGAGAACAAAAAGGCAAAGCAGACCGAGCAGCAGAGGCAGAUGCAGAAGGCAGAGCAUCAGCCUGCCAUCUCGUAGCACAAAACAUCUGUUGCUCUCUGCUCUCGAGGCCGGCUGGAGUAUUUCUGGAUUGAUGUGUUACGUCUAUAAAUGGUCACACAAUGCCUUAAUUAAAAAGUUUUACUUUUGUUGUGCACUGAAUUUUUUUAGAAAGCAUGUGUAUGUACAAUUUGAGUCUGACUUGUGUGUUCUUUCAGGUAACUGUAGGUCAGCAGUGAAUUUAAGAUGUAAAUAUUGAACUGUUAAAACAUUGAUUAAAGUCCUGCCCCCCCCCCCCCACUUGUUAUAAAAAAGUUUGGUAAUUUGUUAAUCUGAUUGAAUGUGAAAAGCUAUGAAGGAGGAGGCAGUAAAGGGUAGGUUAACUUUUUUUUUUUUUUUAAUUCUUCCUUAACUUAAUGGGCAGCUGGUAGCAUAGUGG